GUGGUUUGUAUUUAUUUACCUAAUGGCGGAUGUGAUGCCUCGAGGACAUGGGGGAGACGGAGCUGGGGAUCCACCAAAUCCGGAUCCUUUUCGGAGAGGGACGCAUGAGAUUGACGCGGUUCCCCCAAGGAAAGUUAGGGGGAAAGCCAAAAAUCAAAAGCUUCACAGGAUGGUCAAAGCGGGGGGGCGCGUCUCUCUUACAUUCGAUAGGGAUGUAACAUAUACCCCUGUUGGUGUACCGAGCGACUUAUUUUCACGCGAGGCGAGUUUGUACAUGUGGCGGACCAUCCCUUUUGAUAGAUUUGGUUGGGAGAAAGUUCCGACUCCUUAUAAGGAUGCCGUGAUGAACCACCUAAAGGAGAAUUUCAAUUUCGAUGAAGUUGAACAGGAUUUGGAGGCGCGCAACUUAAAAGGCGGCAUUAGACAAGUGCUUAUGAAGCGGUACUCCGACCGCAAGAACUACGCUAAGAGAGAAUUUCGUGAAAAUGGAGGUUAUGACGAUGUCGAAAGUGCAAGGGCACACCACCCUAAGGAUAUGCCUUACGAAAACUGGCUGAGAACCAUUGAUCACUUCUUGGACCCCAAAUAUAUUGCAAGAAGUGACGCAAACACAAGAGUCCGCCAACUUCAAAAAUUCCCAAACCAUGGGGGUACAUCAUCAUACAGUAGCACCGCCUACAAACAUGGUUUGAAACGUCUUGAUACGUACCGCAAAACUCACACCGAUAAAGAUGGGAAUUUUGUUGACCCGGUAGCCGAGCAGAAUUAUCUUAAUCUAGAACGCGAGAUUAUGGGCGGAGAAAGCGGCGGUUCUCAACCGCCGAAUGAGGUUGCCGUGUUUCAAAACGUUUUGGGUGAUCGACGAGGAUGGUUCCGGGGGCUUGGGCCUAAACCUUCGAAUACACCAUCGAACCCGUUUAAUACACUACCUCAAACCGCACAACCCUUUUCGGAGGAAUACGUUUCGACUUUGUUCCAAAGUCCGGCAUUCGUAAACCAACUCGAAUCCUUUCUUGCGGCGAGGGGAAAGCAAGUCGCACCCGACGAUGAGUAUGACGAUGAGUAUGACGAUGAGUAUGACGAUGACGACCUAACUUGA